CACGACAAUAACAGAAUCUAACGUUAUCAUACGGACUCACCACUUUAGCGGGACGGUCGUCGGUGGCGCAUCACUAAUCGACUUAUUUGUAGAAAGUUAAAAGCGGACGUACCCGGCGUAAGAACUGACUACCGAGAGGUGUUAUCGAUGGAUAACCUGGGGAAUGUGACCAGUGGGCAAAACACCGCCGCCCUGGUCAUGUUUGCCUUCCUUCAAACUGACUGCAGAACUUCAGAAUACGGGAAGGAGCUUCUGUCCCUGGGCAAGGAUUUAAAUCUUACCCGGGACGUCAACUUCAAUGGUCCCGAAAAAGACGCAUUGGAAGACGGAGACAUUGAAACUGACGGCCACCUGCCUGUUUGCAUCACUGCUGCUCUAGAUGAUAUUCAGCCUUCAUUGGAACUGCGUUGGCCGAGGAACCGCGCAGAGGCAGCAGACCUCCAGCAGAUAGCAUACGGGCUGAGAGAAAUUGCAGACCAGCUCGAACACAACGUUGUUGCUCAGGCUACCCAGAACCUAAGCAGGAACCUAAACAACUACCCCCCUGAACAGUGGAAAGAUUACCUGACCCGGGAGGUGAGGAGGGUGAUGAGUCAGGGCGUGGGUCUGGAGCAUCUACCUCAGGAGCGAGUCAUGAUGGCCCUCACGCUCACCCUGGUGAAGAGAGUGUGCGAGCAGGCCCCUUGGCUGCUGAGAAACCUCUUCCACACCGCGCUGCAGUACAUCAACGCUGCCAGGGCCAGGUGACUUGUGAGCUGCAGGCUGAGACAAAAUAACUGAGAAACGUCUGGUGGAAAACAGCUGAAUCCGAAACUGGCAGCUGCUCUUCGCGACCAGUCAACUGAAAAGAGCUGUGUUGAUCUCACAGUAGUA